AUGUCUGAAAAACGUUCCAGUGACGCUCUCAGCGUCACCCACAGCUUGGUUGAUCUUCCUGAGCUCGGGACCGCCGAUCAGGCUUUGAAACUUGCUUUAGAUGGGGAAAAAGUUGAAGUAACAGAUGAAGAAAGAAGAGCGCUGGUACGCAAGAUAGAUCUCCACAUCAUGCCCUUGGUGUGUGUGAUUUAUUUCUUCCAGUAUUUGGACAAAAUAUGUAUUUCCUAUGCCUCAUCGUUAGGCAUCAUUGCGGACAACGGUAUCACCACAACUCAAUUCUCUUGGGUUGCGACAAUUUUUUUUGCAGGUCAAUUGGUGUUUGAGUUUCCAUCAGUGUAUCUGCUUCAACGACUACCGGUUGCUAAGUUCACGUCUGUGACCGUAUUCUUAUGGGGCGGAGUGUUGAGUUGUUUUGCUGCCACCACCAACUUUACGGGAAUGAUGUUGGUUCGGCUGUUUUUGGGAAUUUGCGAAGCUUCUGUUGUUCCUGCUUGGGUCAUCAUCACCUCGCAAUGGUAUACCAAAGAACAGCAAGGUUUCCGUGUUGGGAUCUGGUUCAGUAUGUGUGGGUUUGCGCAGAUAUUCGGUGGAUGUAUGGCUUACGGUAUCAGCAAGCAUGUUGCUGGUGAUGUGAAUGCUCUGCUUUCAGGCUGGCAGGUAGUGUUCCUGAUCACAGGGUGUAUCACCAGUUUUGCUGGAAUUAUUCUUUACUUUGCUUUACCAGAUUCUCCAGUCAAUGCGUGGUUUUUAUCUGACAGAGAACGCAGGAUUCAUAUCGAGAAUAUCCGUCACAACCAGCAGGGUGUUGGAAACAAUAUUUUCAAGAAAGAGCAUUUCUACGAGGCCAUCAAAGACCCAAACACUUGGAUGUAUGCUUUCUGGGUGUUUGCAGCCAAUAUCCCCAACUCUCUUGCUACGUCAUAUGGUGGAAUUAUCUUAACUGGUCUUGGAUAUACCAAGCAGGAGUCUUUGGUUUUGGUCACUCCCCUAGGUGCAGUUGAAGUUGUGGUUUUACUAGGUGGAACUUGGCUGGGAAGAAAAUACAAUCAGAGAUUACUGGUCUGUAUUGUGAUCCAUAUCAUUCCGAUAGUUGGCGCGUUUCUAUUGGCACUUGGUGACAAGAAAACAGCUUUGGCAGGUUAUUAUCUACAGGGAGCUGUCCCUAUUGGAUGGACCGUCAUUCUUGGUCAGAUGUCUUCUAAUGUUGCUGGUUCAACUAAGAAGUCUGUUGUCAAUGCAAUCAAUGUCAUAGGUUACUGUGCAGGAAAUAUCAUCUCACCCCAAACUUUCCGCGCCGCAAAUGCCCCGAGGUAUCUGCCUGCGAAGAUCUCAAUCAUCAUCAUCAUGUUUCUGGUCACCAUUGAUCUUAUCAUCAUGAGAUGGUACGCAAUUCACUUGAACAAGAAACGUGAUGCUGAACGUGAGGCUUUGGGCGAUGAUUACAAGACCAGAGAUAACCAAGAAUUUUUGGAUCUUACUGAUAGAGAGAACAAAGAGUUUCGUUACGUGUACUAA